UCGAAUGAGAAAAUGCAUUUUAAUAAAAUCCCAUUGAUUUUUGUGGAUGCAAGUCAAGGAACAGGCACCUAAAGAGUCUUUCAUCCCCUGCCGUCUCCUGCCUCUCUCCUGACCUACACCGGGCGGUCAUACAUCGAUUGGCUUCCUAGAUAAUAGAUCGUGCCACCCGGUAGGGACCUCUGGGGACGCGCCGGGAGCUGGAAGAGUCGCACGCAGCAGCCCAACCCUGAGUUAAUCAAACUAGCAACAGGAUCUCAAGCAGCAGCGACGGCGGUGGCAAGAGUAGCGGUGACGGCGGCGGCGGCGGCGGCAGCAUUAUGCGUGAUUACUGACAGGCACCAGCUGCUGCCGCCACAGCCGUCUCAAACGCACUAUGUGGACUCUCCGAUCUAGAGGCAGAUUCCUGACUAAUCCCAGAGGGCUGGCCCAGCCUGUGCUCCCCGGGCUGCUAGGAAGCGAUGACCACUCUUGUUAGCCCAAGUUGAAGAAAGCCGGGCUGUGCCUGGGAGCCGAGAGAGGCGGUAAUAUUUAGAAGCUGCACAGGAGAGGAACAUGAACUGACGAGUAAACAUGUAUGGAAAUUAUUCUCACUUCAUGAAGUUUCCCGCAGGCUAUGGAGGCUCCCCUGGCCACACUGGCUCUACAUCCAUGAGCCCAUCAGCAGCCUUGUCCACAGUGAAGCCAAUGGACAGCCACCCCAGCUACACGGAUACCCCAGUGAGUGCCCCACGGACUCUGAGUGCAGUGGGGACCCCCCUCAAUGCCCUGGGCUCUCCAUAUCGAGUCAUCACCUCUGCCAUGGGCCCACCCUCAGGAGCACUGGCAGCGCCUCCAGGAAUCAACUUGGUUGCCCCACCCAGCUCUCAGCUAAAUGUGGUCAACAGUGUCAGCAGUUCAGAGGACAUCAAGCCCUUACCAGGGCUUCCCGGGAUUGGAAACAUGAACUACCCAUCCACCAGCCCCGGAUCUCUGGUUAAACACAUCUGUGCCAUCUGUGGAGACAGAUCCUCAGGAAAGCACUACGGGGUAUACAGUUGUGAAGGCUGCAAAGGGUUCUUCAAGAGGACGAUAAGGAAGGACCUCAUCUACACGUGUCGGGAUAAUAAAGACUGCCUCAUUGACAAGCGUCAGCGCAACCGCUGCCAGUACUGUCGCUAUCAGAAGUGCCUUGUCAUGGGCAUGAAGAGGGAAGCUGUGCAAGAAGAAAGACAGAGGAGCCGAGAGCGAGCUGAGAGUGAGGCAGAAUGUGCUACCAGUGGUCAUGAAGACAUGCCUGUGGAGAGGAUUCUAGAAGCUGAACUUGCUGUUGAACCAAAGACAGAAUCCUAUGGUGACAUGAAUAUGGAGAACUCGACAAAUGACCCUGUUACCAACAUAUGUCAUGCUGCUGACAAGCAGCUUUUCACCCUCGUUGAAUGGGCCAAGCGUAUUCCCCACUUCUCUGACCUCACCUUGGAGGACCAGGUCAUUUUGCUUCGGGCAGGGUGGAAUGAAUUGCUGAUUGCCUCUUUCUCCCACCGCUCAGUUUCCGUGCAGGAUGGCAUCCUUCUGGCCACGGGUUUACAUGUCCACCGGAGCAGUGCCCACAGUGCUGGGGUCGGCUCCAUCUUUGACAGAGUUCUAACUGAGCUGGUUUCCAAAAUGAAAGACAUGCAGAUGGACAAGUCGGAGCUGGGAUGCCUGCGAGCCAUUGUACUCUUUAACCCAGAUGCCAAGGGCCUGUCCAACCCCUCUGAGGUGGAGACUCUGCGAGAGAAGGUUUAUGCCACCCUUGAGGCCUACACCAAGCAGAAGUAUCCGGAACAGCCAGGCAGGUUUGCCAAGCUGCUGCUGCGCCUCCCAGCUCUGCGUUCCAUUGGCUUGAAAUGCCUGGAGCACCUCUUCUUCUUCAAGCUCAUCGGGGACACCCCCAUUGACACCUUCCUCAUGGAGAUGUUGGAGACCCCGCUGCAGAUCACCUGAGCCCCACCAGCCACAGCAUCCCCACCCAGGAUGACCCCUGGGCAGGUGUGUGUGGACCCCCACCCUGCACUUUCCUCCACCUCCCACCCUGACCCCCUUCCUGUCCCCAAAAUGUGAUGCUUAUAAUAAAGAAAACCUUUCUACACAUGAGACUUUUAUAGGUGGACUUUUGUAUAGGUGUUAAAGGUAAUACGCUUUGCUGUCUACAGGGCUGGGAGACUUUCUGGAAGUUCUUGGGAAAACUAAUCAAGCCUCUGUACAUACAAUUGGUUUAAAUUAUUUUUUCACUUGCCCUGGAAAGCAAACAAAUGAGUAAUAAAAUAAUAUAUGUGAAAUUGGCA